AUGGCUGAUGAUCAAGAGAGAGACUUGCAGAGAUUUCUGGAAAAUGUGGAUGAAAUCACCAAUUUAAUUCAAGAGAUGAAUUCCGAUGAUCCUGCCGUACAGCAGAAAGCUGUCUUAGAGACGGAAAAGAGACUGCUGCUCCUGGAGAGAGAGCAAGAGGAGGACGGAUGCAGGACCACCUUGAACAAGACCAUGAUCAGUCCCCCACGAGCACCUGAGAAUGCAGAUGACAUGAACCCAGAAGCCUUCUUGGCAUCUGUGGAGAAGGAUGCAAAGGAACGAGCCAAGAGAAGACGGGAAAGCAGAGUCCUAGCAGAUGCCCUGAAGGAAAAGGGGAACGAGGCCUAUGUCAAGGGGGACUACGAAACAGCCAUCUUCUACUACAGUGAGGGUUUGGGGAAACUGAAGGACAUGAAAGUGCUGUAUACCAACAGAGCCCAGGCUUAUAUAAAACUUGGAGACUAUGAGAAGGCCCUCGUGGACUGUGAGUGGGCUCUGAAGCCAUUCUCUUUCACACAGUGUGAUGAAAGAUGCACAAAAGCCUAUUUCCACAUGGGGAAGGCCCACCUGGCCAUGAAGAACUACAGCAAGUCUAGAGAGUGUUAUCAGAAGAUCGGAGAGAUAAACCCCAAGCUUCAGACACAGGUGAAAGAAUCCCUAAAUCAAGUAACUCUUCAAGAAAAGGCAGAUCUACAAGAGAAGGAAGCUCGAGAGUCCCUGGAUUCAGGAAAGAACACAGCAAUGACAACUAAAAAUCUCCUGGAGACCCUCUCCAAGCCUGACCAGACACCCUUGUUCUAUGCAGGAGGCAUUGAGAUCCUGACAGAAAUGAUGACGGACUGCACAGAACGGACCUUGUUCAGAACAUAUGGUGGAUUCAGCACCAUCAGUGACCACGAGGUCAUAAGAAAGUGCCUCUUCUCAGCAGGGAUGGAUGCAGUUGAAGAGGUUCUCUGUGUGGCUGUUUUGAAGCUCUGGCAAGCAGUGUGUAGUGACAAUGAGGAAAACCAGCGCCAGCUUGUGAUCCACCCGGAUAUGGCCAGGCUGCUGCCUUCCUUCAUGACCUCCAGAAUCCUGGUUAUUCAGCAGCAGAGCCUGGCCCUACUGCUGCAGCUCACCCAGACGGAGAAUGGCCGGAACCAGGUCAUCAAGCAACUCGACAUGAUCCGACUGUGUGAAGCAUUGCUGUCAUUUCUUGACUUCUCAGACAAGAAAUCCAAUACCGCCAUUGGAGUGCUCACAGAUUUGGCUCUAGAAGAAAGAUUCCAAGUGUGGUUACAGGCCAACCUUCCAGGUGUUCUCCCUGCACUCACAGGUGCUCUGAAGCGAGAGCCCAAGUUAACCAGCCCCUCAGCCCUCUGCCAAUGCAUUGCCCUGAUGGGGAACAUCAGUGCUGAGCCUACUGCCCGAAGACACAUGAUGUCCUGUGAAGAAUUUGGGGAUGCCUGUUUGGAACUCCUGGUCAAGUGUGAGGAGGACGUGGACCUGUUCAGAGAGGUCACAUAUACCCUCCUAGGACUCAUCAUGAACUUGUGUCUUGAGGUUCCCUUCAUUUCUGAGAUGUGGGCCAUGGAGAUGAGCCGAAAGUGCCUGGCUCUACUGAACAGCCAGGAUGGAGGAAUCCUGACAAGAGCAGCAGGCGUUCUGAGUCGGACCCUCUCUUCCUCCCCAACCAUCGUGGAGGAGGCACUGACAGCAGGAGUGGUGAAGAAAAUGAUUAAAUUCCUGAGGAUGGGAGGCCAGACUGCAUCACAUUACGCCAUAAAGACACUGGCCGUCUGCACAAACAGCUGUCAUCCAGCCAGGGAAGAAGUAAUGAGACUUGAUAAAAAGUUCAGCAUUUUGAUAUUGCUGCUUGAGUCAGAGGAUGAGAUUCUGGCAGGUAACGCUGCCCUCUGCCUUGGCAACUGCAUGGAGGUGCCCAGCGCUGCCUCGUCCCUGCUGAAGACAAAUAUUAUACAAAUAUUGUUGAAGCUGGCAGGCAACGACUCACAGAGGACAGCCGUGCAGCUGAACGCAGGCAUCGCUCUGGGGAAGCUGUGCACAGCUGAACCCAGGUUUGCUGCCCAACUUCGGGAGCUUCAUGGGAUAGAAAUUCUCAACUCUACAAUGAAACACAUGAAUGAUUCUUGA